AGUCAAAUGCGACGAAACCCACCCUCAAUGCAAUCAAUGUGCACGGCUAGGUCACCUCUGCGACUACCAACCGCGUCUCUGCUUUCGGGACGAUACCCGUCGGGUGAGGGAACGCAUGUCGGAUAUUGACACGACAGGAAAUGCCGUCUGGGAUUCUCCCUCACCGAUUGCGCACACGGAUAUUCCGGCAGGCACAUUCACAUUAGAUGUCCUGCCCCCUUUUAAAAUGCUCGCGUCGGACGAAGAACGAGAGAAAAAGGCACAGUCAUCGGUUCCCGGAACGUAUCACGUCAUUUGCGUUCCAGAAAGUUUCUCUGAUCUCCCAGAAUACGCCGAGAACGAGCCUGAUGGACCAAAGGAUCUAUCUUCCAGUCCUGAACCCGGAAGCGGCAGCAAUCGUUUGACGGCAAAUGUCUCCGAAGUGAGCGAUCCCAACAUAUUAAUACUCAGAAGCUUUCGAGAUGCGAGAGGAAAUCCGUACCUAAGCCCAAGAGACUCGCCCCACUCGCCUAAUUCAGACUUGAGGGAAUCGUCCUUAUCCUCAGUCUCGGCUUAUACGACGGUUCCGGAUUUUACAGAGGAAGACAGGCCAUGCCCCUUACAGCCACAUGAGAUCUUCCUGCUGGACCAUUUUCGCACUGCGGCGUGGAGGAAAGUCAUUCCCUGGGCUGGCAUUUUCGAGAGCCCAAGCGGCUAUGAGAUCAACUCAGAUGUCUUUGAACAAGAAGCAGCCAAGUUUCCUCCACUUCUCUAUGCCAUGAUGGCGAUAUCUGCACUCAGCCUCUAUCGUCAAGGGGUAGACCAGCAUACAGACCCGUCAUUGUAUUGUCAACAAGCCGUUUCUUCGCUACAGGCCAGCAUGUCAGAAGAUAAGAUACUCUUGUCCGAUGGACCUUUCCUGGCGCAUUUUUUGAUUCUCGUCUUCGAGACUGCCGCCGCGAAAUCCAGCGAUUUGAUCAUUUCGCAGCAUCAUAUCUCUCGGAUUCUCCGCUUGGCCCUUCUUCGGCGCUGUACAUUUGGUAGCGAGCGAUUCUCAUCCAUCGUCUGGUGGGUCUGCCACAUUGAUUUAUAUUCGCUUUUGAGCGGCGCGGGAACGGGCGAGUUUGUCCAGGCAGCGAUUGGGAACGGUCUACUUUCCUGUUCGGAGCAUUCUCACGUCUUUGACGAGUCAGAUAUGUAUGGAUUCCAGGGAGUGUUGCCCCAUCUGUACCAGGAACAUCUUGCUCUGGCUGUUCAGCUUGGGCUCUCAGCCGCCGAACUGAGGCGCCUCAGGUCUCUAUCCCCGAGUCCGCAUGUUGGCCAACGGCUGCAGGAGAUGGAGGAGUUACGUCAAGCGCUUCGACAACUGUGGAAUUCCCCCGAAGCGCUUGACCUCGUUCAUAAUCAAGCCGCUUUACCCAAGCGAUUGCGAGAAAUGUUUCACCAGAUCUCGAUCGUCUUUCACACAACCAUGCUUUUUUCAUAUACUAGUCUCUGGCCGGGACAGGGCAGUGAGCUCAACGGGGCCGCCGACCAUGAGAUGCAGCACCAUGCAACCAUGAUCCUUCGCCUUGUAGAAGCCAUGGCUUCUACGACCAUUGACAGCGACCGGCACCUGCAUAUUUUCCCGAUCUUCCUCGCCGGAGUGGGCGCGCCGUGGGGUGAUCUCAAGAUACGGGCGUGGGAAUUGCUCUCCAUCUUGGAAGAGGAGGAAAUGGGAUACCGGGCUGCGGCGACCUGUUACAUGCUCCAGCUCGUGUAUGAGCGGCAGAUGCAGCAGGCCGAGGAUGGCACUCAAACGUUGGCUGUGGAAUGGAUGGACCUGUUGUCGGGACAGGACACCCAAUCGACUCUUUAUGCAUAAUGACAGGAGGCAAGGGAUUCUGACUGGAUCUAGACGACGAUCUAUGCAAUUUCCAGGGUGGGCGGAGAUGGUUUGUAUGUAUGUAUAUGAUCUAUAUAACGGUAUACGCCCAUGUUACUCUAAUUUAUUCCGAUGAUAUCCACUACGAGAAGACAGGGAUCGUAGUAUCUACAUUCAGUCUGUGAUCAGUUCCCCUCUCCUUCAGUUUCGUUCUUGGUGGGAAUUUUGGGUGGGACUGUGAUCCACGGUCCCUCUUUUGCUCCCAAUUGCGGGCCGAUCCACUGUGGUCCAUGCUUCGGUUUCACGAGGAACCUAAAGACAAUGGGGUGGUUAGACAAAUGAAAUGGAUAGUCAGGCAAUGAAGGAAACCGAGUACAAACACUAUCAUGACUUCUCUAGCUUUUGUGAGUAACUCUAUCUUCAUCACGACGGAGAGGACAACGGUUAG